UUCCUGUUCGCGGUGUGUGUUGAUAUUGAGAGUCACAGAACAUUUUACAUUUUAAUUUUAUUAUAAUUAUUAACACGGAAAUGGUUUUAGAGCCAAGGCUCCGCUCUGUGUAUAAGGAAAGUUUCCUCUAACGUGUUUGUAUAAAUAAUAAUGAUUGGUUUAUACGGAGGGGACAUCAGCAACGCUCAGGAAAAUGUCCCGGUUUGCGUGGAAAAAGGUGCGAGUGAUGACAGUUUUCCCAACUUCCAGUACACUCCAGAGAACAUUCAGGGUGUGGGCUGUGAUGUUGACCCGAGUGAAGUGACCCUGCCAGGCUGUUCAUGUCACUCGCUGUCCUGUGAGCCGCUCAGCUGCCCAUGCCUGCGUUUUGGCCUGGUGUACACCGAGGGAGGUUUACUGGAGCAGCGAGAGGAGUCGGCUGCCUCUUACAGCCAGCCUGUGUUUGAAUGUAAUGCCCUGUGUGCGUGUGGCGAGUCCUGUCGGUCCCGUGUGGUCCAGAACGGCCUGCAAACCCGCCUCUGUGUUUUCCGAACCGAGAACCGUGGCUGGGGGGUCGUGACCCUGGAUGCCAUCAAACGUGGCAGUUUUGUGUGCGAGUACGCCGGGGAGGUGAUCGGGUUUGAGGAGGCACAGCGGAGGCAGCUGUCCCAGACUCCCGAGGAUAAGAAUUACAUCAUCGCCGUGCAGGAACACGGCGGCUCGCUGAGGCUAGGUGUGACGUUUGUGGAUCCGGUCGCCGUGGGCAAUGUGGGCCGCUUUCUGAACCACUCCUGCCAGCCCAACCUGACCAUGGUGCCCGUGCGCGUGCACUCCCUCGUGCCCAGACUGGCCCUGUUCUCCAGCCGAGACAUAGAGCCGGGUGAGGAACUCACCUUCGAUUACUCGGGAGGACGUGCGCCGAGAACUGACGCUUCUGGUGAAGAUCUCCAGAGGAAAGUGUGUCUGUGUGGCGCACAGAACUGCUCUGGCUUUUUACCUUUAGACUUUUCAGUCCUGCGCUGAGAUUAAAGGAGAGAAAUGAUUCUGUAGGUUAUUUUAUAAUGCGUUUAUAGUGUGUUAACACCAUUUAUGUCAUCGUUGUGAACACACACACACACACACACAGUAUGGCAGCUGACAUCAAUCUGACAGCGUCUUACAGAGACAGUCAUUAUUAAAUAAUAUCUCGGAGACCUGAGGGUAACGCUGACACCUCUGUGACAGCACGGUCUCCGGUUCGAACAUAAACUCAGGUUACUGUGUGGAUGAUGUCAUGUUCUCCUCGUGUCUGUGGGUUUCCUCUAGAUUGAUUAAGUUCGAAAAUGAUGGCGAAGGUUUCAUAGACGUGCAUAGAAUAAAAUCCUGGUAUUACACACAUUAAUGCCUUUAACUGUGGAAGACUCUCUUCUUAUUGGUCUACACAUGAAGUUUCUGGAAAUUCCUAUUUCCCAGCUGGUAAUGUAGCUUUCUGGAAAGUUCAGAAAUCCUGACGACUUCCUAAAUUGCUAAUUUAGCUUUUGGAAAAAAAAAAUAGAUUUUGGAAAUUUUCAAAUAGUCACCUGGUUCUUGAAUUGGCAGUAUAGAUUCAGGAUUCCCAACUGGUUCCUGAACUGGAAAUCUGUUAGAAAAUUCUGGAAUUCUAACAUGUUAAGCACCAGUUUUAGCUUUAUUACCAAAUAUCAAUUCAGGAAAACGCUUCAGUGCUCUCAAUACCCACUAUAGUCUUGAGAUACGUGGUGAAGACUCUUUCAUAUUUAUAGAUCUCAGUCCCUCACAUGAUAGAUAGAUAGAUAGAUAGAUAGAUAGAUAGAUAGAUAGAUAGAUAGAUAGAUAGAUAGAUAAUUUAUUCAUCCCAAAGGGAUAUUUUGGUGUCCGUGUGACAUCACAGAGCUGAAGCCGAUUACACACAAUACAUGAAGUGUAAUGUGUUGAUGUUGAACUGGACCACUUGUUCCAUCCCACUUAUGUUCUGUGUCGCAAACACCGGUCCAGGUUUCCUCCCUCACUGUGCGUGUCCGUCUUUGGAGCGAGUUUCAGAACCAACGUCUUCCUCUUUAACAGAACUUUCUACUGGAGCCAAAGCUCAGGGGUAAUAAGCAAUUAAAAAGAGCCUCUGGGUGUUUGGAUAUAGAAACGGCGCUCUCUCCCCAGCGCCACACAGAGGAGGGGGCCGGAGCGACCCACUUCAUUCUUAAAUCUCCUCUCUCUCUCUCUCUCCUCCACGUCUCUGCCCCACUUCUAGCCGGGACCCGCCUUCAUCUCUACAGCGAUAUUAAUAUCCUCAUCUGGGUUAAUUAGCCCAGAGACCCUGAGAUACAGAACAGGGCUCCAGAAACCAGACCGGAACACGAGGCCCGUCGACGUGAGAGAGCCGAUCUGAUCUGUCUGCCUGCGGAGUAAAUAAUCUACAGUAACAUCCAGCAUGUUGAUCACAACUCUGCAACUUCACCUUAACUCCCCGCUCGUUAUUCACUCACUCACUCUGACGCGUGCGAUUUAAUCUGGAUCCACUGGUUACUCCUAAAGUCCUAGGAUAAAAUAAACUCCAAACGGCAAUCAGCCAGAAUGUGACUGCAGUCUCGAAGCUUGUUUAGCUUUGCACUGGAGCUUGGGUUUAAUGUAGCAAGAUAAAUAUAAUAAUAUUAUAAUUAAAUAUGAGGUCAGAUUUGUCUGAUAAGACGAGGUCCGAUGGGUCAGGUUUGCCUUUAAGCUCUGGUUGUUCAGUUCAUGUUGUUUGAUGAGGAAGCCAGAUGUGAUGACGGAAAAGAAUUCCCCGAGGACGAACCAGACACAAAAAGGGAUCCCAUCCUCUCCUGGUUCGUCCAAGAUGGCCGCCUCUAUAACGUCACAAUAUUCGGCUUCAGCGAGGUUUAUUUCACUGAGACUUCGGAGAAACUGCGAGAUCAGGAUUUUUUACCUGAGACUGACCUUUUAAUUGACUACAUGUGGCAUAAAGGAGGAAUUUUUUAAUAGAGCUGAGCAGAGAGACUCCUCAUUCCUUUCUAUCUGGUGAAUGAGAGAAUAUCAACACACUGAGUCUUUACUAUGAGAUCAUCUUAAUGGUGAUCAUCAUGAAGCCCAGUAUGAGUCAGGGGUGCCAUAACUGCUUUAUUUUGUACACAUUCAAUCAUCUUUUUUCCAUGCUUUAGGCCGUUCACUUAUGAUUUUUCUCCAAGAUAUUUUUCUCUUCCUUUGCGGCUGCCGUUAAUGGACUUUUAUUAAGGGCUUUUUUUUCUCGGCAGCUGCUUUUGUCAGUGCCAUUGUGCUCAGUGUCUAUUAACUGUGCUUCUCUUCCUCUCUGAUGUCUGUUAAACCGCUUCCUCAGAAAAUGAGUGUGUGCGGUCUCGGCCCGGCCCGCCAGGGCCUUUCGGUCUCCCAGAGGUGAUUUUCGUGAGGAAUUCAAUCGAGUGUGGCUGCAGGUUCACGUGGUGUUGAGCUGCAGGUCCGCUUUUGAAUUCUUGUGAAAAUAGUUUUUUGUGUCUCACAGCUGUUCUGUAACUUCCUGACACGUUACGACACACGAGAAAGCCGCUUCGGGGUUGCAGGGCGGCGUUGUGCACGCUGGCGUUUCCUCACCAGUGCAGGAGGAACCUUAUCUCCUCGGAUCAGACCGGAGGAGAAGCCUUACUGACUUGUCUGUGAUUAGACUCUCUGAAAUUUGACUUGUGUCUCAUGACUCAUUGCGUCGAGUGAGUAAGCAAGUCUCCCGAGUCUCUAUGGCAACAGAAUGUGCGAUAUCGAUUGGACGGUGAGUGUGGGCAGUGCUUCACAGCGAUUGUUGGCCGGUGAAAGCAGAAAUCCUGCGCUGCUGAUGGAGCGACCUUCAGCUUAACCAUCACGUUGCCCCCAGAGCCUGCCAUCGUCAUCGUUCCAUUUAGGCCGGACUGAUUCAUGGCUCCGUGGAGCUGCUUCUCCACCCGCUGUCCGUCAGGGAGCAGGCUAGACUUUGGGGUCAUGACCUCAGGUCGCAGUGUGGAUCAUAAUAUCCGGUUGCAGAAAAUAGAAAGUGUUGAAGUUGCUGCUAGAUUUGCAGUAAAUCUUGUCAAAACAGAAGCGUGCAGGAACACAAACGUACAGAUACUGAGAUAUUUUCACAUGUUUAGGGUUUCAGGGUUAUAUGAGAGUUUCAGUUGAUUAUUUUCCCGUAACAGCAACUGUUUUAUUCCUCUUACACCACAGCUAACCUUUUUAUAAAAUAAACUAUUAGUGAAAGAGCCAUCCAUUUAUAAUCACAUUUAAUGCCCAUAAAACAAGUUCCUGUUCUCACCGUCGCUCCCUCACCAGCCUCUCCCUCUUUUUUCUUUCUGUUGAUGUUAAUAAGACACUCGUCACGUUUCCAAAUCUUUACCUCUGACUCUUAACAAGCCCUGACACUGGAGACUCCUUCCAUACCUGCUUCGUGACGUACACGCACCUUACACGGGUUUUUAACGUGUGAUGGCGAGUGUGUGACGUUUCUUAUAAAAAAAGUAUCAAACACCUAAGACAUCUUCAAAACAGUGAUUUAGAUACUAAACUGGUGGCUCUACCAGCGCUGCUAACAAUGUUAGCCUUAAUGUUUCGCUAGUUAAAGCAGUGUCCUUGCUGAUGUAGAAUUUAUUUUCCCUCAACCGGCCCUUUAAUCACAUGUGCUAACGUAAGUGUAACAGAAACGUACAUCAAACUGACCAGAACAUUAGAGUCUAUUUCUGGAUUCUCCCACAAGUCUUCUGCUGCUUUAUAAACAGGUCGAAAGUCUCUCACUGUUUCAAAACAAACAUCCCAAAUGAUGUCUGUUGGGGUUACUGCGUUUAUUUAUUUAUAUUUUUUAAUUCGCCCCCGUUUCCUUCUUGGAAACUGGGCCAGUGGUUUAUUUCGGCAGAGCGGCCCAUAAGCCCCGUGCACUACGCCGCACGCUGUGAGCGUAUUUAAAGCAGCAGUGGCUGUAUGUCUAUAUGGGACAAUGUGUCAAGAGCACUGAGGGCACAGUGGCGUUGGGAUGGCCUACAUUACAUCUGUGUGCAAAAAAAUGUCAAACACCUAGUGCCACUUUCUCUAUUUGUCCUCUUGUGAGUUAAAAAAAAAAAAAAAAAUUGGGUCAGUGUAAUUGUUGUCUAUUGAAUUCAGAUUAAAGAGUCAGUCUGUUAUUUCGAAAAGUGCUUCUUUAAUAAUCAUAUCAUUUCAAAGAAGCCUGAUUGUAUAUGAUAUGUUUAUUACUGGCAUGCAGUGGUAGGAAAUCUUUAGCUUUGUUUUUGUUUCAGGCUUCUGUUGAGAUUUUUUUUCUGGCCCUGAAAUGAAUCCCGCAGCUCUGCACUAAUCAGUGCUGCUUCUCUCUGUCCUCUUCACUAGAUGAGGGUUUGUGUUUUAACUGAAGUGAUCUGGUCAAGCGGAGUUCACAUAACAGGCACUAGGGGGGGCUUUUAAAAUGACACACUGCCCCUUUAAAUUAGCAGUUUUCACCAGGUUGAAGUCUUCAGUUAAUUUAACAUUUUAACCGGUUAGAAUUUCCUCCUUGCCUCCUGCUGAUUGCGGAGCUGGAGCCUCCCGACGUCCUCCAGUGCCGACGCUUCCAGCCAUCGGCGAUCCAGCCGUCUCCUAAUCAAGGCCUCCCACAAUCUAAUCACGUCUAAUCAAGAGGCUCUCGACGUGAAGGGAGGCUUCAAAGCCGUCAGACGGAUCAGAUGGGUGAGACGUGCGAGGGGAACGGCGAGAUCGACAGCGGCAGAAAUAGAAACGGCAGCCUGUCAUGUCGGAAGUGGGUUACGUCUCUGAUGAGAAAGCAGAUGUCGUGGUGUCCACGCCAGCUCUCGUCCACUGCCUCUGUUAGCCGGUGGCCACAACUGGUGCAUGUUAUUUUCAGAUUUAUGUGAUUUAGAUUUCUGUGCUGUACGGAGCCCUUAUU